AUGGAAACGGUUGGUGGUCAGAAGGAGAGAGCUGGGUUCAGAUCCAUUGCGCGAACGGAGGGUGGCCGCGAUCCACUCGCCGUUCAAGCGGACAGCUCAGUCGCGGCCAGCGGUGAUGCGUGUUCGGCGGCGCGAUUGAGAUGCGUGGGCGGCCAGAAGUUUGGUGGUGGUGCAGUUGCGGUGAAUGCAGUCGCGCGUGUGGAGACGAGUGACGCGGCAGUUAUCGACGAGAUACGGUUGAUUCGCGGCAGAUUCGAGUUUUCUGUUCUGGAUAUGAUUUCUUUCUCCUCCAAUCUUGCCUUGUUUAAUUUGUUGUCUGUUGUUGAUUUGUUGAAAGGUUGUGUGAUGCAGGUCAAUUGCUUCUCGAGAAAUCAAGAGCAACCGAAGCCACAAUUUGAGUAA